CUAAUCGACUUUUCUUUUGUUAGUCUUCGUUUGGUUUUCGAGAAAAUUCAAACGAAAAUUUCUCAUAACAUUUUCCCGAGAAAGAAAAACCCUUACUACACUCCAUCUAAGCUUUAAGAACCAUUGACGCCGCUCAUGCGUCUCUCUACGACUCGAUUCUCGUAAUCAGAAAUGGAGCACUCUGAUCUGCAAGGACAAAGAAGGGAUAUGAAAAAUAAGGGAAGAAAUGUUGUGUGGUCAAUUGCAAUGGAUAAGUGUCUAAUUGAAGCCCUGGUAAUUCAAGCAAAAAGUGGAAACAGGGUUGACAAAUGUUUCAAUGAAAAUGCAUAUACUGCAGCUUGUGUAGCUGUAAACACGCAUUUCAACUUAAACUUGAAUAAUCAGAAAGUUAUCAACCGUCUGAAGACACUUAAGAAGAGAUAUAAAGUAAUAAAAGAUAUUCUAAGUCAGGAUGGUUUCAGAUGGAAUCCAAAUACAAAGAUGAUUGAGUGUGAUUACGACGAGCUUUGGAAGAGAUAUGUUGUGGCACACCCUGAUGCGAAAGGAUUUCGUGGAAAACAAAUCGAGAUGUAUGAACAACUUAAAAUUGUUUGUGGAAAUUAUCAAGCUCCAAGUCGUUGGGCAAAGAUGAAGGAUGGUAAUGAUCUAGUGGAAAUGAAGAAUUGCGACGAUGAAUCCUCCUUUGCAUCUCCUAGUUCAGAAAACAUGAGUGAUACAGAUGGAACUGAGUCGUAUAAUGGGCCUCCAGAGUAUGGCCAGAUACCUGACGGUUAUAAAGAGCCUCCAGCGGUCCAACCUCUAAGAAAACUUCCAAAACGGUCUCGUAGCUCAGAUGAGCUUCAGGAUGCAUUGAUGACAGUGGCAUCAAGCAUCCGACGAUUGGCUGAUUCGAUAGAGCGCAGCAAAUGCUCGAUCAAUGCCUCGGAACUAUUACAGGCUGUGAUGGAGAUAGAUGAGUUGGACGAGAGUAAACAGAUGUAUGCAUUUGAGUAUUUAAAUGCUGAUCCUAUCAAAGCCAGAGCAUUCUUGACUUACAAUACUAGAAUGAGAAGGAUAUAUCUGUUUAGACAGUUCUGGUAGUGGAGGUGACGCUGACCAUGUAUUGAACAUUUUGAUGUAUAGAAUAGAAUAUCUUGGGACUGUGUUGAACGGGUAUUCUCAAUUUGUUUCAGCAAUUAUUGAUUGUGUUUUAAGGAGAAUUUGUAUAGAUUACAUUGAUUGAUAGAAAAUAGCCAUUUGACAGGAACUGGAGAAUCUUGAGUCUCCUUCAAGCAAAUUUCUUGUUUUAUUUCCAA